CGGGAAAUGGCGUCCACAGAGCCCGUCGGUGGUAUGUGGUCCUAAACACAGCUGACAGCCAGACCGCUCUCUCGGUGGCCGCACAGUUGCGGCUACCAGUGGACAGGCCAGCAGCGAGUUUAGUUACGAGUUUCUUGGACCAUUGUCUUCCAUGUAACGUGUAGGAUGAUGAGGCUGAGAGUACGGAAGGCUUCUCAGCAGCCCAAACCCAGCCCCGGCCGUCCAGCCUCAGAACCCCGCCCAGCUCAGGCCAAGAGAAAACACUGCGAGGUGGAGCCCCCGCCCAGGAGAGGCCUCAGGAUGCAGAAGAAUGAGACUGGCCUGUUCUCCACCAUCAAGAAGUUCAUCAGGGGAAAUGCUGUCAAGGUAGAGCAGGACAUCCCAGCGAAGAGGAGUCGUAUUGAUUGUAAAGUGGACAACAGCAACCUGAUCACGUCUUCUCCUCACCCACCAACCAGAGCCAUCGCCAGGGGCUGCAGGAGAGGUGCUAACAAACCCGAACCAAUGACGUUGAACAGCAAGCCCCUGAAGCCCAACGGUAAACUGGAGGUCCCUGUGGAGGUAGCGAGCAGUCCACCUCGCACCACUCUCCUGGGGACCAUCUUCUCUCCCGUCUUCAACUUCUUCUCUCCUGCUACCAAGACAGCCACUCCUGAGUCUGGCUCCCCUGGGCAGGGGUCAGAGGCUGAGGAGAUCAUGAAGCAGCUGGAGAAGGAGACGGUGGUGGAGGAGAUACCCACCAGUACCCCCGCAUCUACAGAGGGCAUCGUCCUGUCCUCUGUUGCCCCAGCUCCAUCAGUACCGCCACCACAACAGGCUCCUCUGGCUACCCCAGAACCACCCGUCGAAGAAGGGGAGAUGGUUACAGAUAUGCCCCCUCUAACAGCUCCGGGGUGCAUUCCAGUCAGCUGUUACCCCCACGCCCCUCCCACUGCCCCUGCAGAGGGCACCUACGAGGAAGACUGGGAAGUCUUUGAUCCGUACUUCUUCAUCAAGCACGUGCCUCCGUUGACAGAGGAGCAGAUAGCCAGGAAACCAGCACUGCCCCUUAAAACACGCAGCACACCAGAGUUCUCCCUGGUUCUAGAUCUGGACGAAACGUUGGUGCACUGUAGUCUGAAUGAGUUGGACGACGCAGCCCUCACCUUUCCUGUGCUGUUCCAAGACGUCAUCUAUCAGGUGUAUGUGCGGUUGAGGCCGUUUUUCAGAGAGUUCCUGGAGCGCAUGUCUCAAAUUUACGAGAUCAUUCUGUUCACUGCCUCUAAGAAGGUGUAUGCAGACAAGCUGCUCAACAUCCUGGACCCCAAGAAACAGUUGGUCAGACAUCGGUUGUUCCGUGAGCACUGCGUAUGUGUUCAAGGAAACUACAUCAAGGACUUAAACAUUCUUGGAAGAGAUCUUUCUAAGACCGUAAUAAUAGAUAAUUCACCUCAAGCCUUCGCCUAUCAGCUUUCCAAUGGGAUUCCCAUCGAGAGCUGGUUCAUGGACAGGAAUGAUAACGAGCUCCUCAAGCUGGUUCCUUUCUUAGAGAAGCUGGUGGAGAUGAAUGAGGACGUAAGGCCUUACGUCAGACAGCAGUUUCGUCUUCACGACCUACUUCCUCCUGACUGAUCUGUGAUUGGCUGAACCCAGCAGGCUAACCCAUAGAAGUAGAAUGUAUACAUUAUUCAUUCUGAUUCUACGGGCUAAACCUCCCCAGCACACUGAGAGGGAUGCCUUCCGUUCAACACGUUUUGAGAUGACGAGAAUCAACUUCAACUGAUUCUGAGGAUGUUGUUCAAGUGGAUAUCUGUCUACAGCAUACCAAUGAGAAUUUGUUCAACAAAAAAACAACAACAAAAUAACAUUUUACAGAGGGAAAUUUGUACUAAACAACCACAAAACAAAUAUUUUGAAGCUAUGUAUAUGUUUUGUAUACUCAAACUAAACUGUUAUAUUCCAACUAAACUGUACCCCCCCCCCCCCAGAGUAUAGCAGUCCCCUUGUAUUACGAAAGGCAUCUGUCUGGACAGACCUCAAGUCUAUGCUCAAUAGCAGGGUUGUGUUCAUUAGGGUGCGAAUGUUACAAAACAUUUUAGCAACGGCGAACGAAAAUGUGCUUUCUCAUUGGACAACUCCAGGUAGAACAUCCUCCAUUUCAGGAACGUUUUCUUGGGUUUGGUGCCUAAUGAACACGAUCCUGGCGACUUUCUGUGAGAUGUUUUCUCAUCUGCAGCUUCAGUUUUGGACUGACGGAACUGAAUGUCAUGCGGUAUCUGAUUGUGUGAGGACCUGACUGCUCAAGACUAAUUUUAACAGGGACGGGCAGUCAAACCUGUAUAAUAUACACACGUAAUUACAUGUAUAUAUGACAUGUAUAUAUCUUUUCUUCUUUUUUUUCAUGGUUUUUAAAAACUUUUUUUUUGUGCUUCUGAUUUUCUUUUAGCUGACUUUAUUUUACUAUUUUAGUAAAAAAAAAAAUGUUUUUACCUUUAAAAAAAAAAAGAUGUUUUUGUUGUUUUGAAGUUGAUGCUACACAGCUGCUGUUGUCUUCCUGCAAUUCAUGUAUCCCAAAUGGCACCUUAUUCCCUACUGUAUAUAGUGCCCUCCUUUUGAGCAGAGCCCUAUGGCCACUGGUCAAAAGUAGUGCACUACUACCCU